UGUGAAAGUGUGUUAGUCUUGGAUUGUAGUGCUGCAGAAACCUUGCUGCUGUAAAGCAUACGUUGUCUGCUUGACUGAGGUGUAAUUCUGUAUGUGUACCAGACCAAACUGCUGAAGAAGGCCAUGACUCUGCUGGAGAGUGAAAAGCAGGUCAGGAAAGAUGAACGAGAGAGAAUCCUUUCUGAGAGAGUGCCAUCCCUCCAAAUGUCUGGGCUGUCUUUGCAGGAUCUACAGAACCUUUGCAAAGAACUACACCAAAAAAUCGAUGUGGUUGAUGAAGAGCGGUAUGAUAUUGCAUCUAAAGUCUCAAAAAAUGAAAUGGAGAUACAGGACCUGUCUCAGAAGAUCUAUGAGCUCAAAGGCAAGAUGAAGAGACCAAACCUGAAGAGGGUGCGGGUGUCAGCUGACGCCAUGCUGGGAGCUCUGCUGGGUGCUAGGGUCAAAGAGUCUGUGGACUUCAAGGCCAACCUGAAGACAGUGAAGAAAGAGGAGGAGAAGAAAGAGGAAGUGACUGACUGGCGUAAGAACGUGGAGUCCAUGUCUGGUAUGGAGGGCAGGAAGAAGCUGUUUGAUGCUGGACAGUAGAUUUGAAGUGCAUAUCUCUGUGAA